AAACAUGUCUCAACACUUACUUGACAGUGAGAUGCAGAAACUGCAGGAGAUUCUGGCAACAACUGUUGAAGCUUCAGAUGGUCCUCCUUCAACAUCAUCAUCAUGGAGCUUGUGACAGUCUGCAGCCCAAGAUGAGUGGCAGAAAGCAAGGCCCUACCACCUGGACUGCUUGUUGUUCUCCAGGGUGGUCAAGGAAAAUAAAUGCAGUCAGUGCUCAUCUCCUGCCAUUAUUCGUUGCAGAGACUGCAUGCCUGAAGAGUGGCUGUGUAUGGAGUGUGAUAUAAUUUGCCACAAAAAACUGGUACUCCAUAACAGGGAGUCGUGCAUUGAUGGAUUUUACCGGCCCAUUCCGCCAACGGUGUGCUGUGUGAAAGAAAAUGGCAGAUGUACAUUAAAAAAUCAAGUUCGGCUGUUGCCUACAGUGAGACCUGACCGACUGUGCACCUGUGACCCAACAAACAUCACAGAAUCUGCUGGAAGAGUAACUAUUUUGGUUUGCAUAAAUGGUCGUUAUGACUUGUACUUGCCCAAUUUGGCGUGCAGAGUGUGUCUAUCACAAUGGACACCUGACAGAAGCGACCUCAUAAGAAGUGGGUAUUGGCCAGCAUCUGUAAAUUCUGAAACAUUGUUUUCAGUGGAUGUAUUCAGCACAUUUGAGGAGAUGAAAACCGUUGCUCCGGGUUUGUCAAGACAAGGCUUUUUGCGGUUGUUAGAGCAGAGGACAGAGCAGUUUGGAAGGAGCGGUAAAAUACAUGGAGAUGCAUUUCAAAGGAGCUUUGUGGAAUACACUUUCUGCCAGUUUUUAUGUGAGAAAAUGGCAAAUGUGGAGCACUUCACCUGCCCAGCAUGUACACCCAACAUGCUUGCGGUUUCUGCAGACGGCAACAGAAAACUGUACAGGUUUCAACACUCUAAAGGGUCAGAGGAACCAUACUUUGAGGGCAUCUUCAUUGCCAAAGAUGUGGACGUAUCCUCUUUCGUUGAAGAAAUCAGGAGUAAAGCGAAAAGUACUCCAGGAAAAGGCACUUGUGGUGCUACUCAGUGGUCUGCUGCCAGGGAGACUGCCAGAAGAGCUAGCAAACUUGAUGAAGAGGGUCUUGAGGUAGCUGUUUGCAGGCAUGGGGUGAUAUUAAAGGGUCUCAACAUGUACAGGGGGGAGAUCUUUGCGUAUCCCCUAUUCCUGCAGAAGGAGCUUCAGGCAGCCACAAACAUACAUUUCUACUGCACUGACAUCUCAUGCAAGUACUGGCCCUAUCUUCAGAAGAUGUCAGUCUCUAUGCCUGAACUGAGCCCUCUUCUUCAAAUGAGACCAUUUCUGUCAGUCAUGCACGCCAAGGCCCAUUCAACUAAGUGUGAGAUUGUCUGGAGUGGUAGGAAUCAGGAGGGUGCUGGCGCAACUGCAGGGGAAGAGGUGGAAAUGGUGAACAGUUUCCUCUCUCGUUGUGCUCUCACAACGAAGUUCAUGACCAAAUCUGCUCGCAAUGACAUGCUGACUGUACAUGCAAUUGGGUGGAAUAGACGCAAGCAUGAUGGCCUUCAUCUUGCAUUGUCCAACAGAUAUGUCAAGACCGUCCGAAAGGCUGAGGCUGAGUCCCAGAGGCUGGAGAACUUGAGCCGUGAACUUGGGUGUCCUGAGAACAUGGUCCAGCAGUGGGUACAUGACGUCAGACAGUGGGCCACUGAUGAUUCUAUAGAUGUCAGACAGGAUGACCAACAUAUCCUUCAGCGGUCGAUAGAGCACAUAUGUAUGGGUGUCUAUCAAAAAAAAGCAAGCCUUUAUAAUCAGACAGACAGCAACAAGAUUCGACAAAUGCGGCGACGGAAACUGGUGGAAGAGAAAAGGAAACUCUUUGAAGCAAUCAAACGAUACAAUGAGCAGGUGCCAGAGAAGGAGGGCAUAACUGAGCAGAUGGUGGAGAGCCGACUCUCUAUGGUGGGCCAUGGCAGUGGGGAGGACAGUCUAAUAUGGCCAUGGGAGGUUCACAGCACUGAAUCCACAAACAUCCUCACUAAGAAGAAGAUUUUCGAUGCAUACAUGUCAAAGAUGCGGCUGCAAGAAGAGAAGAUCCUAAUUCUUAGCGAGAUGAGACAGCACUGCACCUACCUCAGAGGGCUGGCUGAUGGCAUUAGGAAGCUGAUUGCAGAAAUGUCUGGAGGAAACCGUGGCAGUUUAACUGACGAGGGGCAUUGUGGGCUACAGUGUCUUCUACAGGAAAGGCUUGCUGAUGUGGAGGAGAAGAUUAAAGUCGUUUCCUCAAGAUACAGCUUGGCUUUAGGACCUCUAUUCCCUGAAGACUGGUCUGAGGAGAUACCGGAGAUACCGGAUGAGAAUAAAGGACUUGAAUACGAGAGCUCAGAGUACAGUGAUUUGGAAGAUGUCUAACUAAUUUGUGAAUUGACAUGUGUUUUUGCAUUUGCUUGCCGGUUUUUUUUUUUUUUUUUGGAGGGUGUGGUUUUGGACAUACCCUUUUUCAAUAGAUAGUCUCCCUUAUUUAAUUUACAUAAAUACCAUUGCCUUUAUUGUGAUGAAUAAACUAGCAAAAUUAUUUCUGUGUCAGAUGAAGAGUCCCCACCCACCAGCCCUGUAACUGAUCAAAUUAAUGUACUUGGUACUAACUCUAUAAAUAAAAGCUGACGUAUAGUGA